ACCCCACCCCCUCAAAAAAAGAAGGGGACAAAGGAGAAGAACCCUAGGCGGCUCUCUGUGACUCAAACCCCCGCAGCCCGGCGCCGGCGCGAAGCGAAGCGAAGCGAGAAGAAGACAUGGGGCGGCCGUACGCAGUCAAGGGGAAGAAGAAGCGGAAGCUGGAAGGCGGCGAAGCCUCGCGCGCCCCUCCGGCCGACGCCGAGGCGGUGGAGCAAGAGGUGAAGGAAAAUGAGGAGGUGAUGGAGGGGGAGGCGGCGGCAGAGGCUUUUGCCGAGGAGGUGGGGGAGGGGAUCCCCAUCGUGCCCCAGCCUGUCGACAGUAAGCGGCGGCCGGGCGCUAUCUUCGUACUUGAGAGGGCCUGCCUCGAGGUCGGCAAAGUCGGCAAGGGUAUGCAAAUCUUGAAUUCGGAUGAUCACGCAAAUUAUUUGAGGAAGCAGAAUCGCAAUCCAGCUGAUUAUAGGCCUGAUAUCAUUCACCAGGCACUGCUUGCAAUAUUUGAUAGCCCUCUAACUAAGGCUGGGAGGUUACAAGCUGUUUAUGUUAGGACUGAAAAGGGAGUGUUGUUUGAAAUCAAGCCUCAUGUUCGCAUGCCACGGACGUUCAAACGUUUCUGUGGCUUGAUGUCACAGUUAUUGCAAAAGCUGAGCAUCACUGCAGUUGGGAGGCGUGAGAAGCUCCUUAAUGUUAUUAAAAAUCCUGUUACCCAGUAUCUACCUGUUGGCAUACGGAAGAUUGGCCUUUCAUAUAGUGCGGAGAAGGCAGUUAAUUUGUUUGACUAUGUUGCUAAGUCCAAUGAUGAUGAACCUCUUGUGUUUGUGGUUGGUGCCAUGGCCCAUGGAAAGGUUGACAAGGAAUACUCAGAUGAUUACAUACAGAUUAGCGGUUACCCUCUCAGUGCUGCCUGCUGCCUGAAUCGAAUAUGCAGUGCCUUGGAGCAGAAAUGGAACAUCCAGUGAAGGGAAGUUUGAAAACGAACAUUACAUCUUUGUGAUCAGAUUUUUAUGUGCUCAUAGUGUUGUGCCUUUUAAUGUCUUAUGUCUGCAGUAUUAGUUUUGUCGAGACAUGAAUCACUGGCUGUAAAAGUAUAUUUUUUUUCGAAACUGAGGCAAGAGAAUUGCCUCAUCGAUUAAUUAAGAAGAAGAGAACUGCCCAGUUAAUUUA